CGCGCCAAAGACAAUUGGUUCGUCGUUGUGCUUUCAUCUCCAGCAGAACCAAGGGGAACCCUCUGAUCUCGGUGCAGUCUCGUCGGACGACCGACUAUGGAAGCUCAGGUGUCGAAGAAGCUUACGCUGACGCAGCAAUGCCAAAGGAUGGUGGAAUAUGAAGUUGCUCGGAUUUACGAUUUUUUCUUACGGGCUCCUCGCAGUGCUCAAGAGUUCAUGUUGGAGCUUCAGCGUGAAAGUCAUAUCGAAUAUCUUACCAAUGGUCUCAAUCAUCUAGGACCCUCAUUUCGAGUAUUGGAUGCCAAUCGUCCUUGGAUUUGCUAUUGGAUCCUGCAUUCUAUUGCUCUACUUGGAGACUCUGUAGAUGCUGAACUGGAGACUAGGGCCAUCGACUUUCUUAAUCGUUGUCAAGACCCAGAUGGUGGAUAUGGAGGAGGACCUGGACAGUUACCUCACCUAGCAACAACUUAUGCUGCAGUGAACUCACUUGUCACAUUGGGGAGUCAUAUAGCUUUGUCGUCAAUUAAUAGACAUAAACUAUACACGUUUUUGCUGAAGAUGAAACAACCUAGCGGAGGCUUCAGGAUGCAUGACCAAGGAGAAAUAGACGUUCGUGCUUGCUACACUGCAAUUUCUGUUGCCAGUAUAUUGAACAUCUUGGAUGAUGAACUAGUUCAAAAUGUUGGAAACUACAUUCUAAGUUGUCAAACUUUUGAAGGUGGUAUUGCCGGAGAACCUGGAUCUGAAGCUCAUGGUGGGUACACUUUCUGUGGUCUGGCUACUAUGAUUCUGAUCAAUGAGGUUCACCGGUUGGACUUGCGGAGUUUAGUUGAGUGGGUGGUGUUUCGUCAAGCUGGUUUAGAGUGUGGAUUUCAGGGGAGAACAAAUAAGUUGGUGGAUGGCUGCUAUUCUUUCUGGCAGGGAGGUGUUUGCUCGCUAUUACAACGAUUAAGUUUGGACAUUGAUGAACAAUCAGUUCAACCUGAUGCUCAAGAAGUAGGCUCUUCCUUUGAUGGCCUAUCUACCGGUGCGGGUACUUCUCAAAAGGUUAACUUUAAUGAUAUUGGUUAUGAAUUUAUCAAGAAGCGUCCAAGUAGUCAACCUCUUUUCAACAGCUUAGCUUUGCAGCAAUACAUACUUCUGUGUGCACAGGUACCGGAGGGUGGACUAAGAGACAAACCUGGGAAGCCAAAAGACUACUACCACACGUGUUAUUGCUUGAGUGGCCUCUCAUUGUGUCAGUAUAGCAUGUCGAUGGAAGAUUCUCCACCAGUUCCCCGGGCAGUAACAGGCCCCUAUUCCAACCUCCUGGAGCCUAUCCAUCCACUAUACAAUGUUGUCUUUGAACGUUCCAUUGAAGCACUUGAUUUCUUUAGGGGGAAAUAGGUAAACUCUUCCCCUUCACCUCUGCGUAGCAAUAGCAUAUUGUCAUACUCGUAAUACCUUAAAACUCACGUGGCUGUCUACUCUUCCUUUUUCUUUAUCGGAUUUAUCUUGUAUGCAUAACGAUCCAGGAUUUAAUUAGCCUAUCUCAUGGUUUCAAGUUUUGUCUCC